AAGACAGCACAUCCCAGACGGAGAACAUCAUGGGUGUCUCAGGUUUAACCAGUUUUAUAGAUGAUCAUGGAACGUUUUUAACAGAUUAUCACUUCAGAAACAGCAAGCUGGUCAUAGAUGGUUCUAAUCUUUACCACUCUCUUUAUUUUAAAUCACGUUUGGAUCAGAAGCAUGGAGGGGAUUAUGAUGAUUUUGAGGACCAGGUCUGCAAGUUCUUUAAGGCUCUGAGAGAUUGUGGCAUUGAACCUUAUGUGAUUAUAGAUGGAGGCUCUGACUUUUCCGAUAAAAAGUUUGAAACUCUUCUCUACCGAGUUCAAUCAACGCUCAACAAAGCCAACAACUUGUCCAAGGGGCUUUGGGGGAGCGGUUUACUACCAAUCCUCAUCAAACAAGUCUUCAAACAGGUCCUCUCCAGCCUGAAGGUGCCAUUCGCACAGUGCAUCUUUGAAGCAGACCAAGAAAUAGCCUCCUUGGCUGAAAGGUGGAACUGUCCGGUCCUGUCCUAUGACAGUGACUUUUAUAUUUUUGACAUCCAGGCAGGAUAUCUGCCCAUCUCCCAUUUUAAGUGGCAGAACGCAUCGACGCAACGCUGGAGUUCUCAAAAUUACAUCCCCUGCAAACGGUACACCACAACAAGCUUCUGCAGACACUUCAAGAUCAACAGACAGCUUCUCCCAGUCUUCGCUGCCAUCACAGGAAACGACUAUGUCAACUUGGAUAAGAUGGGCUUUCCCAUUAGGUGGGAAGACAAGCUGCCGAUGGAACCCAAUCGAAGGCCAAGGGUUGUCUUUUUCAACAAGUUGCUGAAUUGGCUGGCCAGUUUCCAGGAGCAGCAGGAGGCCUUGGACAAUGUGCCCAGACUCAUCGUUUCUAGGAACAACCAACACAACAUGGAUGCUGCCCUCCAGGCCCUCUCUCUGAGCAUAGAGACAUACCAGCUUCAACCCGGUUGCCUGGAGCAGUUCUUCAUUAAAGACAAGGCUCCUGAUCCCGGCCAUCUCCCAGACCAUCUGAGUGUCCUUCCAGACUGGACCCUGCUGCCGUUGAUGAAGGGGAUUCUUCCGUCCAGCAUAAUAUACAUUCUGCAGCUGAGGCCAGUGAUACAGGGAGUCCAAGUUGAAGAUCCCAGCUUAGCCAGUGGGAACAACACCUCUCGGCCCAUACGGCAGGUAGUCUUUGGGCUGCUGCUGGGUGAGAGGAGGGAAGUGGAGGAGUAUGACAGGGAAGGCAUUAACCUGACCAGCAGCAUGGUUAAAGCCAUCUUGCCCAGAGCUGCACAACAAAUGCAGCUAGACAUGCUGAAUCAGGCUCCACAUUCAGUGCGGCUUGAGGUGUUUUUGGAAACCCUUGGUGUGUCCCAGUCCACUUUGAAUGGUAUCCCACCUCAUCUGGGACUUCCUGUGGCUGUUACCUACUACUGGCUGAGGCACGCCCAUCUCCGACCAGACCAUCCUUUCCUGCAGGCCCUGCUACUAGGACUGGUGUAUGGAGAGCUCUGCAGACAGAGGAAGAGCCAGACAGGGUUUAUAGAGGAGGGACCUGUGUUGGAGAGGCUGAGAGGGCUGAUUCAGAGAGGUGCUAGUAACCUAGACCUGGCUGUGGCCCACGCCUAUAGCCAAUGGCAGCGCUGCAUGAGGGAUGGCCUUGACCUGAACCAACUGCUGUGCUUCCCUCUACCUGAGCCUCAGAUUGCAUGGCUGUACAAGGGAACUCUGGUGCACCAGCUUGUGGACGAACUGAGAGGGGUGGUGACCCCAGAUUCUCUCCUGAUGGAAGACCCUUCCUCUGGGCAGCUGUAUAGAGCCAUGCUGGAAGCCAUUCUCAACUCCCAGGAAACUGAGGCCACUGGACAACCUGACGGCCCCUCUGCAGAUUCUGGUGCUGGAGGAAGAAGAGGAUGAUGAUGAUGAUGAUAAGGAGGUUGUACUGAAGUCCCAAUGUCCCACUGCAAGAGGAAGGAAAGAUUCAACAAAGCUCUGUCAAGUUGUAAAUAUAGGGACCACUAUAUACGGACCACUAUACAUCUGCGGAGUUAUAGAUAUAGGUAACACUAUAUAGGGACCACUAUAUAGGGACCACUAUACAUCUGCUGAGUUAUAGAUAUAGGUACCACUAUAAAGGGACCACUAUACAUCUGCUGAGUUAUAGAUAUAGGGACCACUAUAUAGGGACCACUAUACAUCUGCUGAGUUAUAGAUAUAGGUACCACUAUAUAGGGACCACUAUAUAGGUACCACUAUACAUCUGCUGAGUUAUUGAUAUAGGGACCACUAUAUAGGGACCACUAUACAAUUGCUGAGUUAUAGAUAUAGGGACCACUAUCCAACUGUUAAGAAUAGUAGGCAAAGGCCCAGUUUUCUGUGACAUUUUAGUGACAGAGAGCAUGGGUAGGAAGGCCCCACUUGCAUACACACACUCAUGAAGUAGUUUCACUUUCAUUCACACACAGAGCAUAAAGAAGAAUGAACAUCGAUAAGAGAAUUUACAUUUAUUUAAAGAAAAUAAGAAAAAGGAGAAGAAAUGAAUUGGGACUGAAGUUUAUUGAAAUUAUCAAUAAAGGUUAAAUAUGAUGAAAGUUGAAAGUUGAAAACAUUGGGAAAUAUCCAUUGGGAAAUAUUAAAGGGGGAUUAAAGUAGUGCAGUACUGGAGUACACUAAGGUUUCUAGCUUGAAUUGGAAAUCCACAGGACAGAACAGCCAGGCAGGAGGUGGGGGUUAGUUGGUGCUGAAAAUGACCGUUAUGAGCAAUGGCCGCAUUAGGUGUUAAUGCAUCAUUGGAGCAGGAGUUAGCUAUAAUGAGUUAGCAGAAAGGAAGACUGAGGGUAUAAAGGAAGGGUCCCACCUCUCUUUGAGCUAGCUAGAAGAACCUGUCGCCUGCUGGAACAAGAUUUUUGCUUUCGCUUUUUAGCUUGAGAUACAAUUAGGUUUUUAUUAUACUUAUAUUUAGGUUUGUAUUAUACUUAUAUUUAGAUUUUAUUAUAGUUAUAUUUAGAUUUUUAUUAUACUUGGUUAAAGUAUAAUUCUAUGAGGAAUCCUUAAGGUGACGUCAUUGAUAGUGUGUUAAAGUAGCUGUUAGAGUGUUUUAGACACCAUCUGAUAGACUAAGGGGCGAGACAAAAGCUGUUUAUACAUUGUAGAAGGUAACCUGUUUUUCUUGUUAUUAAAUACUGUGCUUCUUUGAAAA